AUGGGACUUACUUCGAUUCUUAUUGCUCAAGUUCUCUUCCUAGGUGCGGCCAACUCGGCUGUCGUCAAAAGAUGGCCCUGUAGCGUCUCUCCGACUGGCCCAACCGACCCAAGCGUCGCUAAAAAUUGCGGCUAUUGGGUUAAUGAUGUUGCAAAGAAUGACCAGUGUGCUGACCUAGAGGGGUACUUCGACAUUUCAAGGGAAGAGCUGGUGAACUGGAACCCUUCUCUCAAGGAGAACUGUCGGCUUCAGAAUGGCCAUUCCUACUGUGUUGCUGCAUCAGAUUUGACGACGCGGUCCACAGAUUCAGCCGAAGAAGCGAGUCGUAUGGACAUGGCAACUGGAGUUGAGGCUGCCGAUCUGCCCUCUCCCACGCAGGGCGGUUUGGCUGCCAACUGCAAUGCUUUCUACAAAGUUAAAACGGGAGACAGUUGCUGGUCCAUCAUAAACGAUUUUGGUAACUUUUCGAUCUACGAUUUCUACCGCUGGAAUCCGUCAGUUGGCCAAUCUUGCGAGGCCCUAUAUCCCGACUACUACGUAUGCAUCGGCGUCCAAGAACAGGAACCCCCCGUGGCUACGCCCACCAACCCCCCUGGUCCAGUGCUGUCGGGUACUCCAGCAAACUGCAACAAGUAUCAUAAGGUGCUGUCAGGUGACAACUGCUGGGCCAUUGCAAACCAGUAUGGAAUAUCUUUGGAUCAAUUCUACUCGUGGAACCCCGCUGUGAAGCCGACUUCAUGCCAAUCUCUAUUACCAGAUUACUACGUCUGCGUCGGUGUCGCUGAAACUCCUUCCGCCACCGCCACCCCACAGCCAACACCACAACCGCAGCAGUCUUCGUCUCCCGACCAACCAAUGCCACAGCCUAUCCUUUCCAGGCUGCUCAGAAUCCUGCUCUAG